AUGGCACAACAUCAAACACCACCUCUAGAUCCUUCUCAGGACCCUACUUCACCUUAUUACUUACAUCCGUCUGACAACCCUGGGAUGAAAUUAGUCUCUGAUAAAUCUGAUGGAAAUGCUUAUGGUGAUUGGAAGAGGUCGAUGUUAAUUAGUUUAUCGGCCAAGAACAAACUAGGUUUUGUCGAUGGAUCCAUUUCUAAACCUGAUUCUACUUCACCUCUUCUUCGUGCUUGGGAGAGGUGUAAUAGUAUGAUCAUUUCAUGGAUGUUAGGAGUUCUAGAUCAGAAUCUUGCUAGAAGUGUAUUCUAUUUCUCUACUGCUAGGGAAAUUUGGCAGAAUCUUGAAGAGAGGUAUGGUGCUUCAUCUGGAACAGUGCUGUUUGCUCUUGAGCAAGCCAUUACUGAGAUUAAGCAGGGAACUGAUGAUGUUUCUACUUUUUACACUAAGCUUAAGAGACUAUGGGAUCAAUUAGAUGAUGUAGAUCCUCUACCUUUCUGUCAUUGUGACAAUUGCACUUGUACUAUAGCUCAGAGGUUAUUGAAAUCACAACGGGACAAACGUUUGGUGCAAUUCCUGAUGAAACUCAAUGAUGGCUUUGAAGUGGUUAGAGGCAGUAUCCUAUUGAUGCAACCAUUGCCACUGAUUUCUUAUGCUUAUCGAUUGCUUAUGCAAGAGGAAAAGCAUAGGCAGCUAUACAGAGAUUCAAAGGACAACAGUAUGAGGUCUUCUGAAGACUCUAUGGCUUUUGCAACAAGUAGACAAAGAUUUCAGGAGAGGUGGAACAAUAAACCUCAGUACAACAAUUCUCAGAACAAUUUUUCUACUCAGAGAUCCUCUGGUGGUUCAGGUCUUCUAGAUACUUGA